CAAGCGCAAAACCAGCGUGCGAAUGUUUACAUAUGCGAAAUUUUGUGCGCCAGCCAAAACUAGUUUUUUUCCAGUGUUUUGUUUACGCACGCGAAUGUUGUUUAAUAUAUGUAUUUUAAUUUCGUUUAUCAGGAAUGUAUUAGUGAUCUGAAUACGCUGCAAUCGAACGCGAUAACGAUACGCCGCUCAAUUCUGCUGAAUAAUAAACAGUUGCCAUUAACUGAUACGUACAAAUAUAUGGAGCGAAGUGGCCUUAGUUUGGAUGAAUUGGAGCAUAUACCUUUCAUACACGUGUCUGGCACUAAGGGAAAGUGACGUUUUUAUUUUUUCUCUUUGACGUCAGGAUUUAUU